UCUAUUGAGCUCCCCCAUAAAUGUGCUUCCCGCUUCCCAACUUCAUAUCACAGAGAGCAAGUGAGUAGCAAAGCAAAGGAGAGAAGCCGAGAGAGAGAGAGAGAGAGAGAGAGAGAAGAAGCCAUGGUUCUCAAAGUUGCAGCUCUUUGCGGUUCUCUCAGGAAGGGCUCCUACCACCUUGGCCUUGUCAGAGCUGCCCAACAAAUAUGCCAGGAUUCCAUCAAGGGAAUGGAAAUUGAUCUUUUGGAGAUUGGACAUCUUCCUUUCAUCAAUUCUGAUCUUGAGGUCAAUGGGGCUUGCCCUCCGGUGGUUGAGGAUUUUCGUCAAAAAAUUCUUGCCGCCAAUAGCAUUCUCUUUGCCUCACCGGAGUACAACUACUCGAUUACUCCUCCAUUGAAGAAUGCAGUUGACUGGGGAUCUAGACCUGCCAAUGUUUGGGCUGGUAAGGCAGCUGCCAUUAUAAGCACAGGAGGGGGUUUCGGCGGUGGAAGAUCACAUUACCAUUUGCGCCAAGUUGGGGUUUAUGUUGAUCUUCACUUCAUUAACAAGCCAGAAUUUUUUGUCCCUGCAUUUAACCCACCACCAAAGUUUGACAGCGAAGGAGACUUAAUCGACCCAAUGAGCAAGGAGAUCCUACAGCAGAUGCUUGUAUCAUUGCAGGGAUUUACUUUGAAGCUUAGUGGUAAGGCUCAGUAAAUCUUUGCAACUCCGAAUCUCACUGAGUACAGAUGCUGUUUGCGUCCUUUCUGCAGUGGCACCAUAGGUGCCUGUUCACAAAUGUUUGUUUUUUAGAAAUUUAUGUUUGGCAGCGGCUGAUUCCAAACUGGCAUGGAAUGGUUGGGGUUGAAAAAAAGGAAACUAAAUUACUCUUUCAUAAGAUUGGAGAUUAAAUUUAUACUUGGAUUUUUCCCAAACGAAUCAUGUCCUCAAUUUAUUCUCAUCAUACUUUUGCUAGAUCAUGUGGUAAUGUAAGCUUUCCAGUUUCUACAGAAAUUAAUGGGAUUCAGUGAAAAUAGUAUUACUUUGCCAAAUGCAAGAGGGCCCAUGAUUGAACAGUGUGAAUUAAUUUAGUGGUGCCUCAAAAUAUGUUAUUGUGAAAAUAUCAAUAUAUCAAAACCUUCAAACUCGGCCUUGUUUUGCUUU